CUGGCCGUAAACCGAAGACCCAACAAUCGACUAUAUCUGAUGGGUCUCCAGAUCUAGGUAUAAAGAAGAAACCUAGAGAAGGCAAAGGAAAUACAACAUAUUUAUGGGAGUUUCUUCUGGACCUUCUCCAGGACAAAAAUACCUGUCCUCGAUAUAUUAAAUGGACUCAGCGAGAGAAGGGAAUCUUUAAACUUGUGGACUCAAAAGCUGUUUCCAAACUAUGGGGAAAACACAAAAACAAACCUGACAUGAACUAUGAGACUAUGGGAAGGGCUCUGAGAUACUACUAUCAAAGAGGAAUCCUUGCAAAAGUUGAGGGACAGAGGCUUGUAUAUCAGUUUAAGGAGAUGCCAAAAAAUAUCGUUGUCAUAGAUGAUGACAAAAGCGAGUCCUGCAAUGAAGAUUUGUCAAUGCCUACAGAUGAAAAGUCUUUGGAAGAAAAAAAAAAAAGAGUGUCUUUAUCUGCAGAAAACCUUUUAAAAGCAGCAACCUCUGCACGUGGAGGAAAAAAUUCCACUCAGUUAAGCUGUUCCAGAACAGAAAAAGCAGUCACCAGAGUUGUGAAUAUUGCCUCACCAGUGCAUGAUACAUCAUCAUCUCGUCCCUCAACUACCACUACUACUGUCCCAGCAACGACAGCUCCCAGGACUGUACGUGUGGCAAUGCAAGUGCCUGUUGUAAUGACCUCUCUGGGACAGAAAAUCUCAACCGUGGCAGUGCAGUCAGUAAACGCAGGCUCACCGUUAAUAACCAACACAAGUCCAACAACAGCCACAACUCCAAAGGUAGUAAUCCAGACAAUCCCUACCGUGAUGCCAACCUCUGCUGAAAAUGGAGAGAAAAUCACAAUGCAGCCUGCCAAAAUCAUUACAAUCCCUGCCACGCAACUUACGCAGUGUCAGUUACAAACAAAAACGGGCCUGUCUGGGUCCGGAAGUAUUAACAUCGUGGGAACCCCGUUGGCUGUUAGAGCACUAACCCCAGUGUCUAUAGCUCAUGGGACACCAGUAAUGAGACUAUCGGUGCCUGCUCAGCAGGCGUCCGGCCAGACUCCUCCCAGGGUGAUUAGUGCAGUUAUAAAAAGUCCAGAAGUUAAAUCAGACACAGUGGCUUUAAAACAGGAACGUGAAGUGAAAACACUGCAGCUGGUAAAAGAAGAGAAGCCGGCAGACGGAAGCAAGACUGUGACCCAUGUAGUAGUAGUUAGCACACCCUCAGCUAUUGCUCUUCCUGUAACAAUGAAAACAGAAGGAAUCAUAACGUGUGAGAAAUGAAGAAUAGGUUGCUUCCAGCAUGGACUUCUAGACUGUUACGGUUUUGAAUAUACUGACAUAAUUGGGGGAGGGAAGUGGAUGCACUCACCAAGUCGAAAAGGAGAGUUUUGAAAUGUUAAUAAACAUGCAUAUGUUGAAGACUUACUGGGAAAAAAAAAUUAUUUUCCCGUGUUUCAGUGGGAGUUGAACCACAUUGAUAUGCUGACAAAAACUGCCUCUUCCAGUUGGGAAACAGCUGAACCUAUGGAGAAGGAAAGAGAGGGACUGAAAAGGGACCAAACAGUUCACUACGUUACCUGUCACCAAGUUACACUAAGACCUGGAACACUAAAAGAGAGUUAUGUGAGAGGUUUGCCUUGGUUUUUAGUUUUCAGGGGGAGAGGCAAGUCUCGUUGUUACAAAUGGCAAAUUUGAUGCAUGUUAUAUGCAUACCAGCAAUUACUACUGUGCGCCCACAGUACUCAACUGGUGCUAUGUGAAAAACUCUGCUACUAGGUAUUGUAGAAUGUGAAAUAAAGGAGAAGAUUAAAGAGCUUCUAAAAGAAGACAGAGACCUAGAGGGAUUUUUGUAUCAUACAGCUUAAGGAGAUUCAAAAUGAAAGCCUUAGACUGAUUUUCAGUUAUCUUUCUUGAAAUAAGCUAAUGGCUUGUUUGUGUAAAGCUUUUUUUAUUAAAACAAAUUUUUUAAAAAUCUUGUACCUAGCACAGUAUUGUUAUAGAAUUACAUGUAACAUAUUUUGUAUGGUAGUUAAAAGUCUGUCUAAAUUUCUUAAUUGUGGACAAAAUAACAGCAGGCUUUCUGCCUUCUGCUGUAACAUGCCUGUGUCUCUCACUUAGCCUUGACAUCCGUGCAUACAUUUCAGUUUCAGCUCUACUCUGUCACUUGAAAGGUCACGCCCAGCAUGAGCUUUUGUCAGGUAGUUCUAAACCUGUAAAUUUUUUUUAGUUGAAGUUAAGAGGGAAGUACCAGUGUUCAGAAUGAACUAUAAUAGUUUGUAUAUUCAACAUUUGAAGUAUAUUCUAUUUUGUUGUACUCUUGUUUCAAAGUGUAUUCAAGUAGGUUUUACUGAAAUAUAGAAACGAAAUUUAA